GGACAGCCUAUGUAACCCAUAUACCGAGCAACAAAUGGUGCGUGUGUGCCGAAGACCUGAUGCUGGAGUUAGGAAGAUGUUUCCGCCGGCUGAGUGGCAUUAAUGAUCCACUGCAGAGGCUGCUGCACGGGCACAAACCGCGCGCUAUCAUCUGUUGAUCGGAUUGGAGACAAUUAAGCGCAUUAUCAUGAGCCGCCGCGGUCCGACUUACAGGUGAAAUUCGAGGAGAGUGAAAUGAUUCCAAAGUCAGGAAAAUCUCCGGCAGACUCGAGGAAAGGUGUUGGCAUCCAGGAGUUUGCAGCGCUUGCCAGAUCCUCCUUGAAUGGUAUCUCUCAGGCAGUGAGGGAUCAUGUGACGAAGCCCACCUCCCUGGCUCAGGGUCGGGUCGCUCACCUCAUUGAGUGGAAAGGUUGGCCCAAACCUACAGACCCCCCGCCAGCCGCACACUUCAGCUCCUACUGCCGUCUGACGGAGGGGGAGAAGGAGGCCCGGUUUGCUGCAGGAGUGGCUGAACAGUUUGCCAUCGCUGAGGCUAAGCUGCGUGCCUGGGCGUCUAUAGAUGACGAUGAGGAGGAAGACUCCAACGAUGAGGACUCAAACGUCAACGGACAGACUCAAAUCUUCUCCAGUCAGGGCUCAGACGCCGCCACAUCCAGUCCUAUCACCGAAGCGCCGUGCCAGCCUGAGGUUGAAGCCGGCGAGGCCCCGCCCUCCGACAGUCACCUUGGCUCCAGCAGCAGCAGCCUGCUCUGUGGAAGGCCUUCAUCUCACAGUGACCCACAUUCAUCCCAGACCAAUUCACCUACUUUACCCAGCGACUGCUUGAGUCCCUUCCUGGAGGAGGAGGAGGAGGAGGAGGAGGAGGAAGAAGAGAGGCUGGAUGGUCACGAGGAGCAGCCGCCUCUAUUGCAGGAGCAGCGCAGUGAGGUCUGCGUCCACCACAAGCCUGAGUGGAGGCCUCGGGCCAGGAGCAGCAGGUUUGACUCCUGCUACUCCACCUCUCACUCUGAGUCGCCUGGAGAGGAGGACGAGGAGGACGAGGAGGAGGAAGGCAGCGUGUUUCACGAUUUUCGAAUGUGGCAUUCCAGCCGGAGAAGCUUCUUCUCCGACAGGGCUUCUUCUGGAGUGGCGUCCUUCGAUGAAGAGGAGGAGAGGGAUGAAGUAGAGGAGAAGAAAGAGUAUUUGAUGUGA